UUUUUGUCGUUUUUCGUCUUUUUUUUCUUUCUCUCUUUCUCAGACUCUUUUUUCCGUUGCCAUGACUGUAGUUGCCCCAUCGCGAGGAGCAGCAGCAGCAGCAGCAGCACAUCCAUCGGCGUCUGGCAGCAAUGGGACGCUCAAGCUGCUGACAUUUACGAUUCUGGCGCUGAUCGGACUGCUUGCGUUUGCAUCGCGCCUGUUUGCCGUCAUCCGCUUUGAGAGCAUCAUCCACGAGUUUGAUCCAUGGUUCAAUUAUCGCGCGACAGAGUACAUGGUCACCCACAGCGUAAGCGAGUUUAUCAACUGGUUUGACGAGCGCGCCUGGUUCCCGCUGGGCCGCAUUGUCGGCGGCACCGUCUACCCGGGCUUGAUGUUCACCUCAGGCCUCAUCCACUGGGUCAUGAACUCGCUCAACAUUCCCAUCCACAUCCGCGACGUCUGCGUCUUCCUUGCCCCGCUGUUCAGCGCGCUGACCGCCUUCGCCACCUUCCUGCUCACUCGCGAACUCUGGACGGAGGGUGCUGGUUUGCUUGCUGCCGCGUUCAUUGGCAUCGUCCCCGGAUACAUCUCGCGCUCUGUCGCCGGAUCGUACGAUAACGAGGGCAUUGCGAUCUUUGCGCUGCUCUUCACAUACUACUUGUGGGUCAAGGCCAUCAAGACGGGCAGCAUGAUGUGGGCCGUCUUUUGCGCCGUGUCGUACGGGUACAUGGUGGCUGCAUGGGGUGGUUAUGUCUUUAUCAUCAACUUGAUCCCGCUGCACGUCUUUGUGCUGCUGCUGAUGGGCCGCUAUUCGCAUCGCAUUUACGUGGCCUUCUCGGUCUUUUACAUUAUCGGCACCCUGCUUUCGAUGCAGGUGCCGUUCGUCGGCUUCCAGCCAGUGCGCACCAGCGAGCACAUGGCUGGUCUCGGCAUCUUCCUCCUGCUCCAGGCGAUGGCGCUCCUCUCCAUCGUCCGCGAGCACCUUCCGGCCAACUCGGCUCGCGUCAUCUUCCGCGCCGUCUUCAUCUUUGGCUCGGCCGCCGUGUUUGUCGGCGUUGUGGUGCUCACCUACAUGGGCUAUAUUGCCCCUUGGACGGGUCGGUUCUACUCGCUCUGGGAUACCGGCUAUGCCAAAAUCCACAUUCCCAUUAUUGCGUCCGUUUCAGAGCACCAGCCGACCACCUGGACGUCCUUCUUUUUCGACCUGCAGAUUCUUGUCUGCAUCUUCCCCGCUGGUCUCUGGCUGUUCUUCAGCAAGCCCACCGACGAGCGCGUCUUUAUCGUGCUCUAUGCCGUCACGGGUGUUUACUUUGCUGGCGUGAUGGUGCGCCUGAUGCUCACCCUGACCCCCGUUGUGUGCAUCCUGGCCGCCGUCGCCAUUUCCAACACGCUCGACACGUACUUGUUCGACUCUGGUCGCGCAGAGGACGGCUCGACCACCGCCGCAUCGCCGGCCUCCACCUCUUCGUCCGCCCCGCAGGCAAAACUCGCCACGCGCCAAUCCAUGGUCGCACCCGCUGGGUCGGAGCUCACCCCGGACACCCGCACGCCAACCAUGCCUCGCGAGGCGUCCAUGCUGGUGGUUGGUGUUGUCACCGUUCUCCUCGCCCUGUUUGUCUUCCACUGCACAUGGGUUACCUCGAACGCCUACUCUUCGCCCUCUGUCGUCUUGUCGACCCAGCGAGGAGACGGCUCGCGCACCAUUCUCGACGACUUCCGCGAGGCCUACCACUGGCUGCGCUCCAACACGGACGACGAUGCCACCAUCAUGUCCUGGUGGGACUACGGCUACCAGAUUGCCGGCAUGUCCAACCGCACCACCCUCGUCGACAACAACACCUGGAACAACUCGCACAUUGCCAUGGUUGGAAAGGCAAUGUCGUCCACAGAAGAGAAAGCCUACCCCAUCAUGCGCGAGCUCAGUGUCGAUUACGUGCUCAUCAUUUUCGGCGGCGUAAUUGGCUACUCGGGUGACGACAUUAACAAGUUCUUGUGGAUGGUGCGCAUUGCGCAAGGCGAGCACCCGAAUGACAUUCGCGAGUCAGACUAUUUCACGCAGGACGGUCAGUUCUUGGUUGACCGCAACGGCUCCCCGACGCUGCUCAACUCGCUCAUGUACAAGAUGUGCUACUACCGAUUUGGCGAGUUCCAGUCCGAGUGGGGCAAGCCGUCAGGCUGGGACCGAACCCGAAACGCCGAAAUUGGCAACAAGGACAUUUCCUUCACUCACCUCGAAGAGGCAUACACGACCGAACAUUGGCUGGUGCGCAUCUACCGCGUCAAGAAGGAGGCGAACACGCGCAACCUUGUCGCAGACGUGCCUCCGCUCGAACCUGCGCGCCACACCGACAUCAAGCCCGCACGUCCAAUCCGACGUGGGCGAGGCACGCAGGGAUUUAUCAAGAACAAGGAUAAAAGCGUGCCAAAACCAAAGCCCGGCAGUCCUUAAUGGUCCUGUGAAUGAACGGCUUGAAGCGAGCCCUUCUCUCGUCUUCCCAUCGACUUCCUUCUAUUCCCUUUUUUGUUUUGUGAAAUUUUCAUAUUGAUUUGUCAUCGUGGUUGCAUGUGUAACUCUUCAAAGUCUACAACAUUGUCGCGCA